AUGUGGAGAGGCAGGUUCCCGGAAGGACACCUGAGCAGUCUGAAGGAACUUGGGAAGGAUGGGGAUAAAAUGAGGACCUCUCUGAGGAUCAGAACCCUGAGUACGCCUCAGACAUUGUUCCGGGCCAGGGGACAGAAAGAGUCCCUUGUGUACCUCACAAUGCUAGUGGGGGGAUCUGAGGGAGUGACAGGUGAGGAAGAGCUGCAGGUGACUCAACCUGAGAUGGUGUCGGUCGCAGCUGGAGAGACGGCCAUUCUGCCCUGCAUAGUCUCCUCUCUACAACCCUUGGGGCCCACUAAUUGGUUCAGGGGUACUGGACCAGAUCGGCAGCUUAUCUACAAUUUCAAAGCAGCUCAAGAACAGUUACCUCUCUACCCCCGAGUAAGAAGUGUGACAGACACCACACAAAGAAACAACAUGGAAUUUUCCAUCAGCAUCAGUAACAUCACCCCGGCCGACGCCAACACCUACUAUUGUGUAAAGUUCCAGAAAGGGACCCCUGAUAAGGAGUUUAAGUCUGGUCCUGGGACUCGGCUCACUGUGAGUGCCAAGCCCUCUGCCCCCGUGGUAUUGGGCCCCUCGGUGAGGAUCUCACCUGGGCAGACAGUGAGCUUCACCUGUGAGUCCCACGGCUUCUCCCCCAGAGAUGUCACCUUGAAGUGGUUCAAAAAUGGGAAUGAGCUCCCAGCCCUCCAGACCGAGGUGGUCCCACUAAAGGACAGUGUGUCCUACAACGUCUCCAGCAAGACCCAGGUGAUGCUGACCCGAGAGGACGUCUACUCUCAGGUUAUCUGUGAGGUGGCCCACACUACCUUACAGACCUCUCUUCGUGGGACAGCCAACUUGUCUGAGACCAUCCGAGUGCCACCUACCUUGGAGAUCACCCAACUGACCAUUCCAGGGAACCAGGUGAACAUCACCUGCCAAGUGAAGAAGUUCUACCCCAAGAGCCUAGAACUGACCUGGUUGGAGAAUGGCAAUGUGUCCCGAACAGAUUCAGCCUCGAUUCUCACCAAGGACAAGGAUGGGACCUAUAAUCUGAACAGCUGGAUUCUGGUGAGCACAUCUGCCCACAGGGAGGAUGUGAUGCUCACCUGCCAGGUGGUACAUGAUGGGCAGCCAGCCGUCACCAAUAACCUGACCGUGAAGGUCACUGCCCCCAAGAAGGAGGUCCAGAGCACACAGACAACAUCAGAUUCAGAGGUGUUAACACCAGGCAUAGCUCUCCUUGGAGGUCUCCUCCUAGGUUUCAAGGUGCUGCUGGUGAUUGGAAUCUCUGUCAUCUACAUCUCCAUGAAACAGAAGGUCUGA